AUAGUAGCAUUUGAAACCGGUUUUGUACCACCAAAUAUAAAUUAUACAUCGCCACGGAAUGAUAUAGAUGCCUUGAUGAACGGAACUGUUCGUGUCAUCGAAGAAGCAAUGCCAAUUAAAAAUGGUUACGUCGGUAUCAAUGCUUUUGGCUUUGGAGGAGCUAAUGCUCAUAUGCUAUUAAAGUGGAAUCAGAAACAGAAAGUUAAUAAUAGCGCACCAGAUGAUGAUUUGCCAAGACUUGUAAUAUUAUCUGGACGUACUAAAGAAUCAGUGGAAUUGUUUUUAAAUGACAUUGCUAAUUAUCACAUAGAUGUAGAAUAUAUCCGUUUAUUAAACGAUGUCCAUGCAGAUAAUAUAGAUGGUCAUCCAUGGAGAGGGUACAUUAUUCUGAAUACUUUGCAACAAUAUUCAAUGAAAGAAAUUCAAAAUUGUAACAAUGUAAAAAGACCUGUUUGCUUUAUAUUUUCAGCUUUAGGAUCGCAAUGGUCAGGAAUGGGUCAAAAAUUAUUAAAAUUUCAAAUCUUCGCAAAUGCGAUAAGAAUGUGUGAUACUGUUUUAAAACCAUAUGGUGUAAGUGUCACAGACAUUUUGACAAGGAAAGAUAAAAAAGUGUUCAAAAACGCGUUAUACACGUUUCUCGGAAUUGUCGCUGUUCAGGUCGGUUUAGUAGAUCUCCUAACAUCCUUAGAAAUUAUUCCGGAUUACAUGAUUGGUCAUUCUGCUGGUGAACUGGGCUGCGCGUACGCAGAUAAAUGUCUCACUAUUAAACAAACUAUUUUAUCAGCAUAUUUCAUUGGUUUAGCUUGUACCGAAAAAAAUAUAAUUCAUAGCUCUAUGGCAGUUGUAAGUUUGGAUUACGAGAGUCUUAAAAAUAUUUGUUCAACGGAUAUUGAAAUAGUAUGUCAUAAUAGCGACAACAACAGCAUUGUGAGUGGACCUGCAGAAUCCGUUCAAAAAUUUAUAAAAAAAUUACAGGUUAAUAAUAUUUAUGUAAAAAAGAUCCACUGUAACGUGCCAUAUCACAGUUCUUACCUCGCAUCCGUUGAAUCUCAGCUUUUGUCUAAUUUGAACAAAAUAAUACUACGUCCGAAAAAACGAAGUCUGAAGUGGAUCAGCACUUCCAUACCUCGUGCCGAAUGGCACACUUUAGCAUCAAAAUUAUCAUCAGCGGACUAUCAUACGCGUAGUAUACUAAACACUGUUUUCUUUGAACAAGCAAGACAUCUUAUUCCAAGUAACGCUGUGACCAUCGAAAUCGCACCAUAUGGUGUUCUGCAGCAAGUUUUGGAAGAAUCCUUGAGUCCAGAAGUUACAAAUAUUUCAUUGACUCCAUGCAUUAAAUUAAACGACGACGAUGUAAUUUUUCAAGGAAUCGGAAAACUUUACAAUUGUGGCUUACAGCCGAAAAUUGCUAAUUUAUAUCCGCCAGUAACAUUGCCAGUUAGCCGAGGGACUCCUAUGAUCUCCCCAUCGAUCAGAUGGAAUCAUUCCGAAGAUUGGUUUGUACCGAAUUUUGAAGAUUGGUUUGUACCGGUUACGACAUCCAGAGAAAGAUCAGUUGAAAUCUUAGUAGAUAAUGAAGAGUACAAGUAUAUUAGCGGUCAUGUAAUUGAUGGAAGAAAUUUGCUACCCGCGACUGGUUAUCUCGCACUCGUCUGGCAAACUAUCGGCAUGAUAAAAGAACGAAUGUAUACAACAAUACCUAUAGUAUUUCAAGAUGUAAACUUUAUUCGCGCUACUCAAUUAUUUAAAAAUAAGGUUGUAAAAUUGACAAUUUCGAUUCAGAAAGGUGGUAAGUUUGAAAUAACUGAAGGAGACAGUGUUGUUGUGACAGGUAUAGUGCACGAGACACCGAAUUUAGAACUAGAAAUGACCCCGACAGAUCUAUUACCGGAGAACAAUGAUGAAGAAGAACAUAUGACCGCACGAGAUAUCUACAAGGAGUUGAAACUGCGCGGGUACCAGUAUAGCGACUUGUUUCGUGGAUUACAGAGUGCAUCUAUUUCAGGAAGAAAAGGACAUAUUAUUUGGAAAAACAAUUGGGCAACAUUUAUAGAUAAUAUGUUACAGAUGCAUAUUUUCGGUUAUGAUACUAGGAAUUUAUACGUUCCUACAAAUAUUCAGAAAUUGGCGAUCAAUCCUGAGCUUCAUGCAAUGAAGUUACAAGACGCUGACGACUUAGAAGCUACGAUAAACAAUGAUAAACAAUUACCAAUACGAGUAUACAAAGAGCUCGAUACAAUUAUAGCUGGCGGAAUAGAGAUUCGAGGAAUUAAAGCUUCUCAGAUCAAUCGCCGAAAAUUAGCCCAGGAUGCAGUUAUCGAGGAACACAUAUUUAUAGCUCACUAUGAUCGUGCUGAGAUUUCUUUAAAUGAAGCAAUUCGAAUAUCGGCGCAACUCGUACUGGAAGAUCAUCAAAUCAUCAAAGUAAAAGCCAUCGAGCUGGUGGAAGAUGAUGAUGAUAUUUCAUUAGAAUAUCUCUCAUCUUCAUUGCUUAUUGAAGCAUUUAAUGACAUGCCAUUGAUACAAACGAAUAUUACUCUAUUAACAUCGCCGAAUCGAUUUAAUUCAUCAGAUUUACAAAUACCACAAAACAUUUCAAUCGCAGAUUUAAACAAAGCGUAUAAAGAUGACAAUGUUUUAAUAGUUGCCGGGUUUAAUCUUUUGACCAAACGACAAACCUCAUUAGAGCGACUUAUGCCGUUUUUGAAAGAAGGUGGCUAUUUACUGACGCGUGAGAAAUGCGAUGUAACUGACUAUACAAAAUAUUUGCAGCAAUACGAAUUAAAUGUCAUUCUUGAGAAGCGUACGGAUAAAGAAACUAUUGUGCUAUUAAAGAGAAAAGUUUUGAUAGAAAAAAGAAUUGUUGUUUAUAUAAAUAAUAAUAACUUUAAUUGGCUCGAGGAUCUAAAGUCGCUUGUGAGUGAUGAGAAUAAACUCGAAAAGAACAGUAGAAUUAUAAUUGUUGGAGAGAAAGACCUUGAAUGCGGUUUGCUGGGUUUCAUGAAUUGCUUGAGAAAGGAACCAGGCGGAGAAUUUGUUAGGAGUAUGUUUAUUCAAGAUAAGGAGGCUCCUAAAUUUUCUUUACAAAAUUCCUUCUAUUUAGAGCAGCUGCAAAAAGAUAUGACCGUUAAUGUAUUGCGACCUAAUGAGACCUGGGGAUCGUAUAGGCAUUUAAGAUUACCACAACUGGAAACUAAACCUGUGCCUACCGCUCAUGUCUACCAAAGGAUUCGCGGUGAUCUAAGCACAUUCUGUUGGAUAGAAAAUAAUCGGUCUGUUGAGUUUCGCCGUGAAAAUUUAGUGUAUGUGAUUUAUUCAUCACUCAAUUUCAGAGAUGUAAUGAUUACGACUGGAAAAUUAGUACUUAAUCAUACGAUUUCGCUAGGGCGGUUGUUUCAAUAUAUGCCCUUGGGACUGGAAUACGUAGGAUUCGAUAUCAACGGCCAACGUGUAAUGGGACUUAAUGACACUGAUUGUAUAGCGAACGUUGUUGUAAAAGAUAAAUACUUCCAGUGGAAAAUACCUGAUGCAUGGACAUUCGAAGAGGCGGCGACAGUUCCAUGCGUUUACAGCACGGUUUAUCUUGCUCUAUAUAUUUAUGGAAAAAUGAAGAAAGGCGAUAAAAUACUUAUACAUUCAGGUACUGGCGGCAUUGGACAAUUUUCCACAAAUUAUCGGGCUAUGACGCGCAUUUUAUUAUCAAAGAAACAGCUACCGCAUACGAUGGUAACUUCGAGUCUCGAAAAAUUGGCAUCUUAUCUCGCGAAAGAUAAACUACAAAUAAUGCAACGUGGAUUUUGUAAUUUAUCGGCUGAACAUUUCGAUCUACUGACGCGAAAAGGUGUGUUUCCGUACGAGUACAUUGACUGCUUUGAAAAGUUGGAGGAUACACAUUUACCCCCGCGCGAAUCGUUUUAUAGUUCGUUAACGGGCGGUGCUGUAUCCGAGAACGAUUACGCGCAUGCUGUCAACGUGUGGGAGCGAUUUUCCAUCCGAUCGCUCGGCGAGUACAGCGAUUUGUACUUAAAAACUGAUGUCUUGUUGCUAGCUGAUAUAUUUGAAAAUUUUCGCGAUAGCUGUGUCGCGAGUUAUGGACUCGAUCCCGCGCAUUAUUAUACUCUACCCGGUUUUACGUGGGACGCCAUGCUGAAAUAUACUCGUAUUAAAUUCGAACUUCUCACGGACAUUGACAUGGUCAUGUUUGUCGAACGCGGUAUACGCGGCAGCCUGAGUCAAUGUUCCAACAGAUACGCGCGGGCUAACAACAAGCACAUGCAGUCGUAUGAUCCAUCGAAACCGUCGUCGUACUUAAUGUACUUCGACGUAAAUAAUCUGUACGGCUGGGCAAUGUGUCAACCAUUGCCAACACUUGCUAAUAACGAAUUCGAGAAAAAUUUAUACAAAUUAAUGAAUAACGCGGUAUUUGGUAAAACCAUGGAGAAUGUGCGCAAUCAUGUUGAUGUGCGAUUAUUAACAAAAUGGGAAGGAUACGACGCGGAGGCAAUGAUCGCGAAGCCGAAUUUUCAUAGCCGAAGCGUUUUUUCAGAGAAUCUUGUUGCGAUAGAAAUGCGUAAACUCGAAGUAAUGGUCAAUAAACCUAUUUACGUGGAUGGUAAAAAAGAUACAAAAAAGAUUGAAGGUGUUAAGAGCAACGUCGUAGCAAAGAUGAUAACGUUCGAUGAUUACAUGCAAUGUCUGCUGGACGAAACCGAAAUGACGCGAAAACAGUCUUGCAUAAGAUCCAAGCUGCACGAGGUGUAUACUAUAUCCGAAAAGAAAAUUGCUCUAAACUUAAAAGACGUGAAACUUGUAAGUCGGAAUGCGGCUUUAGCCGAACUUGGAAUGGACUCUAUGAUGGCCGUUGAAAUCAAGCAAACUCUUGAACGAGAAUUUGAUAUUUUUCUCACUGCACAAGAAAUAAGAAAUCUUACUUUUGCGAAACUCAUGAAUAUGUCUGAUGGAAACGUCAGUGACGAUACUAUCCAUAACAAAAAGAAACUCGACACAGAGGAGUCAAAUAUGGGAUAUCUAUUUGGUAUUCUAAAAAAUGAAGAUUUUAUUUCACAAACCUGCUUUGAUCUCCCUACUAAAAGAGAGAAAGCUACAACUGAAGUAUUUCUUAUACCAGGUAUCGAUGGAUGUGUAACUGUAUUUAAUCGUUUAGCACCAGAUAUUAAAUUUUCAGCAAUGGCCUUGCAUUAUAAUACAAACAACAUCGAUUCUACAACAAACGUUUUAUCUGAAACUACCGAUCAUCUUACAAACCAUAUAUUACCGAAACUAAGAGAUGGAAAAGAUUUUGUAAUAGUAGGAUACUCCUUUGGAGCUAUUAUCGCAUUUGAAUUAACAAAAAAAUUGGAAGCUAUGAAUUUUAAAGGCCGACUAGUUCUCAUCGACGGCGCUCCUGAACAAAUACGAAUAAUAUACAAACAUUUUGUAGAUUUUGACGAUGCAGACCUUCAAAUUGCUACCCUAACUAAUAUUAUGGAAAUAUAUACAGCCGGAAGUAGUGAAAAAAUUCUAAUGGAACUGAAGGAAUGCAAUACCUGGGAAGAGAGAUAUAAUAUUUUUGCUAAGCAAUUUUUGGCCGUGAACACGGUACUUUCACCUGCAAAUUUAAAGAUGCUGUGUUUAACAUUUUAUAAACACCUAUCCGCUAUUCGUCAAUAUGAUCCUUCUACGUUGCUGCCUAUUAAAUCUCCUAUAAUAUUGCUAAAACCUACAAACACCAUGCACAUAUCCAAGAUUGAAGAGGAUUAUGGUUUGCAGAAGAUAACUGAAAAUGUGGUGAAAGUACAUUGCAUCGAGGGUACGCAUACGACGAUCUUGAAAAACAAGGAAGUGAUAGCUGCAAUUAACGGAGAUCCACCAUUUAUGAUUUAAUGUUUUUCUAUAAUUUAAAAAUUACAAUUACAAAUUCAAAUU